AUGACCGAUUCGACAAGGAAACGAACCAAGGAGAAUUUGCCAACUGAAGAACUUACGAAUCUUCACAAAGAUUUUGCUGGCGCGCGAAUUCCAACAGAGAAUCCUCCUUUCACGCUAAAAGAUUUAAAAGAUGCUGUCCCUCCUCACUGUUUUCAAAGCUCACUUCUCACUUCUACUCUGUAUCUAUUACUGGACUUCGCUGGAGUAAUUUUCCUGUACGCUUUGGCGUUUUGGGUUUUUAACGCCUGUUGCCCAAUUUAUGUUCACGCGAUUUUCUGGCCGGCGUACUGGAUCUGCCAAGGCUGCGCUGGUUUCGCCGUAUGGAUAAUUGCGCAUGAAUGCGGCCACUACUCUUUCUGCGCCAACAAAAAAAUCUGCGACAUUAUUGGUUUAGUGCUGCACACUGCACUAUUUGUACCGUAUCAUUCAUGGCGAAUCAGUCACUCAAAGCAUCAUCGAAACACCAACAGAAUGAUCGGCGACCACGCUUUUGUUCCGAACACCCGAGGCCUGCUCAAGUCGGAAAAUGACUUAGAAUUUCCAAACAUAUUCUUUCGGUUUUUGCACCUUGUUAAAUACCUAUCAAUUGGCUGGCCGGCUUAUCUAUUCUUCAACGCCCGGGGUCGCCCAUACGCAGAAUAUAGAAUGCGCCCAAACCACUUCAACCCGUACGCACCAAUUUUCUCGAACAAGGAUUUCUGGGAAGUCGUAUUAAGUGAUCUGGCAUUACUGGUAUGGAUUGGUAUCCUGUACUACGUCACUGCGUAUGUUUACUCUCUAAGUUGGUUGGUGUGCCUGUACGUAAUCCCUUUACUGUUUGUGAACAUGUGGCUUGUGAUUGUAACAUAUCUUCAGCACUCAGAUAUCAAAGUCCCCCACUACUCCGACGAGGAGUGGACCUGGCUUAAAGGCGCGCUGUGCACUGUGGACAGGGAUUAUGGAAUACUCAACUAUGUUUUCCAUCACCUUACAGAUUGUCACGUCGCACAUCAUCUCUUCUCCUAUAUGCCUCAUUAUCACAUUGCUGAAGCGACAGAGGCGAUAAAGCCAGUCCUAGGAAAGUUCUACACUUACGACGACACACCUAUCUGGAAAGCGCUCUGGAAGACAGACAGCUAUUGCCGAUUUGUCGAAGACAGCGGAAAAAUUUUGUGGUACAAGUUUUUACCGGAACAGUAG